CCUAUUUACUCCGAUGUACUUGAAAAUGUGAAGUUAUUUAACUUCUCUGGCCUUCAUGUCCUCAUCUGCAAAAUGAGAGGGGGUUUGACUCCUAAAGUGCUGUCUAGUUCUGUCAUAUGAUCUAAACUGCGUCCAUUUCUUGGUGGUGGAUAUUUCCAUGGUGGAAAAAAUAGAAAAAGAUCUUUGCUCUUCUUUAUAUCCCAGCAGUUUGGUGGCUAAAAAAGAAACGACCAGAACACACUGUACAAGGGUUGGUGACAGCCGCGGCAGCAAUCAAUGGGCACAGGGAAAGUCCGGGGCCAGGAAAACAAACAGACCUCACGGUUCGGGGGUGGGGAGGGGAAAGGGGCAGGGCAGCCUGGAGGUAACACCAUUCGUUUGGGGUUGGUGACAGGAUUCGGCAGAUUUCCCGUCAGCCUAUAACUCUGCCUAAGCUUUCAAGUCCAAUGACUACAAGAAGCGAGCUAUUUCCUGCUCCUCCUAGUGAACCUUCCUUUCCAGCACAGGGUUCUUCCGUCCUGGGAGGAGCCAAAUUCGGGCCCAGAGUAUUCCUGCAGCCUACCCCCGAAAUGCCUAACCUAAAACAGCCGCAGCGUACUUGACUUUCGGCUUAUUUCGACCGGUACAGACACAAACCCGGCCCAAAAGGAAGAUGGCUUAUAUUUCCCGACGGGUGUCCACCUCGGGGAAACAAAGGAGCUGGCUAUUUUGGAUUCGCUUAUCAGGCAGCUUUGUAGACAGCUUCCAAGAGGAAAGCCCCAGGUCUUCAGGUGACAGCGGAGGGAGACGUGUACCCUGUAGUAGCGAGCAAAAGAACGCCGGCUUUAGCUGCGGGGGCUGUGGAAACUGAACAAUUUAAGCGGGAGGAGUGAUCCGAGCAUCGCUGUGAGCUUCCCCGAGUCCAACCACGGCCUCACUAUGUCGAAAGUUUCCUUUAAGAUCACGCUGACCUCGGACCCGAGGCUGCCGUACAAAGUACUUAGUGUUCCUGAAAAUACUCCUUUCACAGCAGUUUUAAAAUUUGCUGCAGAAGAAUUUAAAGUUCCUGCAGCAACAAGUGCUAUAAUUACAAAUGAUGGAAUAGGAAUAAAUCCUGCACAGACUGCUGGGAAUGUUUUCCUAAAGCAUGGCUCAGAACUACGAAUAAUUCCUAGAGAUCGUGUUGGGAGUUGUUAAUUUCUGCUGAAUGAAAAUCUGCCAUUAUCUUUCCAAAUAAACAUCGGUAUUUAUUUUGUAAUGUUGCAUUCGAACUAUCUACAAUUUUAUGUACCUAUUCCUCUAAGGACACUGAUCCUUUAUGUUAAAGAAAGAAUACAUCCCAUCAAUAAAAGAGCUGCCUUAAGAAAGAAGCCAACCUCUCUACUGCUACCUCACUACAUUUAUGAAAGGAGUUUCAAUUUACUUUUAAAAUAGAAAGAUGAUAUUACUGAGAACUAAUUCUUUCCCAGUAAAAUAAGAAAAUUAAAAUUUCUUGAAUUUCAAUCCAUGUGUCAAUCAUAGAUAAAACUAUUUGUUUGAUUUACAAAUAAGAAUUGCCAGAGAACAUAGACAAAGUGAAUAAAUAUGUAUAUUUUACAUACAAUUUAAGAUAAAAAAUAACUAAUAAAUUGAUUAACACAUAAAUAUUUGUAUUUAUUAUCAUUUGGGUUUUCUAGGUCUCAGUUGAUUCCAGUUUUUCAUUUGGAUUUCCAGUUAACUCAGAAGUAUUCUCAACUGAACAAUAUGAACUUAUUUUAAUUAUGGAAAAUGACAUCUCACAUCAACUAGUCUACCUGUGUUCCUGCAGAAUUGAAUGUAGUUAGUAGUGGGAAUUUUAAAGUAAAUUUAAUAUAACUGUUGCUAAAUUACAUAUCCUCAUGUGUAUAUUCUAAGAACUCUCAUAUAAUCUUGAUUUCAUGUGGAUAAUUCUGCUUUGAAAUCUGAAAGGGAAUGAAUACCAUUGAGAAGAUCUGAAAUCAUGCAAAGCUCAAGAAAGUGCCAUAAUCUACUUUUUGAUGUGUACUGAACCCAAAUUUCAAGAGGCUUGGCAGGGCAGAGGAAGACAAUUUAAGUACCAAGAUCACUAAAGAGAAAAGUUAACUAAACUAACUAGUUUAACUAAAGUGGUAGGAAAGAAUUGGGCAAGUCAUACAAGAGAUAAGAAGUAUUAUCAGGAUGACUGACAAAAUCCAGAAGAAAUGAAAAUGGGUGUCACAAGGGUCAAAACAACAGAGCAACAGACUAGAGAAGAAAAAAGCAAAUACUAAAUUGUCUAAAUAAGCAACAGAAGAGAGUCAAGUAUAUGCUUUUAACUACUGUAAAGGAUAAAACAUCUAUGCCUUUCCAAAAAUUACUUUCUUCUUUCUUACAAGAAAAAGAAGAGAUAAGACCUUAGAGAAAGGAAAUGAAUAAUUAUAGUAGGAAAGUGUUAAUGCACAGAUAUAAUACUUAGUAUGCUGACUCCUGUACAUUGUAUGAAAUCAAGACUUAGAAAAAAAUGUAGCUUAAAUUCUCUGUUACUUUGAAAUAAAACAGCUGGUAAAUACAGCUGUGUUGAAAAAUGGCACCCCCUAAACCAAGUUUUCUAUCAUUUGUUUUCAACGAUAUCAUCCAUGGCAUUCCUGUUUCUAACCUAAAAGUCAUUUGAAAAGGCAAAAGAUUCUUAUUAAAAAAAAUGAAACAAUUAUCUGUGUGUAUUUUCUGAAGGAUAUUCUUGGUAUUAUACAGUUAUAAGUGACAUUAGAAAGCAAUUGAUUGAUCUUAAUUAUAACUUAAGGCAUAGGAAGAUUGUUAGCCAUCAAAAUGCAGCUAGUUUGAUAAAGGCAGAAAAAUUAAGAUGAUAAAAAUGAACUAUUAUAUUUUUUAAAGAUUUUUACUUAGAAGAAUAAAACAUUAGCCAUUAGUUAUGCAGACCCAUAAGCAUUCCAGCUAAUCAAGGUUAUAUUUUAAUAUUGUUUUACAAGUCAAAAUAUGCUUGCAUUUAUGUGCUGCAGAAAAAAGAAAAUGGUGCAAUGAAAUAAUUUACGUUACUGUGUUUUAAUUUGUUAAUAUUUGUGUAUUAAAUUCUCAUUAAAAGAAAAUUACAUCAAAA